AUGGUCAAUGUUAUAGCAGUUUUUCAAGAUUUUGAAACUUCUUCAGCUUACUACAGCUACAGCAAUUUCGGAAGAUUCAGAAUUGAAGAACACUUAUGGAAUGACAAAAAGUUAGACGUUUUCCCAAAUCGUAUGCGGGAUCUUCAGGGCAUCACAUUGCCAAUACUUUUUGGUGGACCACGACCAGGAGUCAUUAUCUCGAAAAAUGCUAAUGGGAAUACGAAAAUUGGUGGCUAUGUAGGAAAUAUCUUCAAUGCUUUUGCUAAGAGACACAAUGCCAGAUUGAGUACUUUAAAUGUUAACAAUUCAGUUGGACCUCGUGAUAUUUUUCCACAAGUUGAAGAUGGUACAGUUGAGAUAUUAGGUGCUUAUCCUUUACGUCUAAUAAGACUACCUGAAUUUCACUCAUAUCCGUUUACUCUUUAUGACUGGUGUAUUAUGGUUCCCAUAGAACCGAAAAUUCCUAUCUUUAAAGUGUUUGCCUUUGUCUUCUAUUGGGAAGCUUUUGUUUUUACAAUUUCGAUAUUCAUACUACUCUCUGUUACGCUUGGAGUAGCUGCUAAGUUAACAGGAUCUCAGCAGUCCUUCAAAAUUCCUGAUUUCUUCUUUAACAUCGACUGUUUUCGUGGAAUACUUGGUCAGUCAAUAACUCAAACUCCAAAUGCUUCUUGCAGUAUAAAAAUCAUCUAUUCGUUGAUAUUUUUACUUGGAAUCAUGAUUGUUACUUCAUACGAUGCAUUUCUUCAAUCUUUCAUGACUGAAACUCCCAGAGAAGAUAAAAUAAGAUCUUUCGAUGAACUACAAUUUAUUCAAAUCACUUUCAAAUUUUAG